AUGGUGCCAAACCCUACCUCGGACUGGACAGAACUGCAUGAUCGUUUCUAUAGAAAGCAGGAAAUCUACUCUCUAUCAUGGAAUCAGACCGACCUCUCCAAGUUUAUGAUUUCUGGCGCUCAAUACGGUGGUCCUAUUGCCAUGAUAAGAGACGACAAGAAGGUCUUGCUGCUCCAGAAACAACAGCCCAUUAAACCCACCAUCUACAUGUAUACCAGUGCUGGCAAAUUGAUCGAGCAAAUUCAGUGGGAUAAGGGCCGCAUUGUAGCAUUGGGAUGGACGGAUCAAGAGCAACUGGUUGUGGUGACAGAUGAUGGUUCUGUGAGGCUGUAUACACUCUAUGGACAGUAUACGCAGUUUUCUCUGGGCAAAGAUGCCAAGAACGAUGGUAUCAUCGACUGUCAAAUUUGGGGAGGUGGCCUGGUAGCGAUGACCGGAAAAUACCAACUGAUCAGCUUGACCAACUUUGAGGAACCACAACCCAAGAUGAUGGCUGAACUCAAGCUGGAUGAACCUUUGCACAGCUGGACAGUCGUUCCUCCUCAAUUCACACUGAGUCGACAUGUGGAAGUCUUGAUUGCUACAGGGUCUACCAUUUUGGUGGUAGACAGUAAGGAAGUGACAGAUCAGCACUUGAACCAAGGCCCUUUUACCAAGAUGGUUGUUUCGCCCAACGGUAAAUUCCUGGCACUAUUCACAUCAGAUGGCAAACUGUGGGUUGUAUCCACUGAUUUCCAAAAGAACCUGUCUGAAUACUCGACCAAGUCCAAAAUUGCGCCUCAACAACUGGUGUGGUGCGGUACUGACUCUGUAGUGUUGUAUUGGGACAAGAUUGUCCUGAUGGUUGGCCCCUUUGGUGACUGGAUCAAGUAUACGUAUGAGGAUCCCAUCUAUUUGGCGUCUGAAAUUGAUGGUGUUCGUAUCAUCAGUAAUGAUAAGUGUGAGUUGCUACAAAAGGUGCCUACCUCCACUGAAAAGAUCUUCAAAAUUGGCUCUACUGAUCCGCCUGCCAUGUUGUUUGAUGCCUUGGAUCAUUAUGAGCGCAAGAGCCCCAAGGCAGAUGAAAAUAUUCGAAGCAUCAAGGCAGAGUUGAUCGACGCUGUUGACAGCUGUAUUGAGGCAGCAGGUUUCGAGUUUAGUCACUAUUACCAACGAGCCUUGUUAAAAGCAGCUUCAUUCGGAAAGUGCUUCCUGGACAAUUACAAUGCAAAUGAAUUCGUAGACAUGUCGCAAACGAUUCGUGUCUUGAAUGCUGUGAGAUACUACGAUAUCGGCAUUCCAUUGACCUAUGCACAAUAUAAGCGUCUCAGUCCGGAUGUAUUGAUUGAUCGUCUGAUUAAUCGUAACAACCAUCUACUCGCUAUUCGUAUAGCAGAAUACCUGAAAUUACGCACGGACAAAAUCCUGAUCCAUUGGGCCUGUGAAAAAAUCAAAUCCAGCACUGAAGAUGAGGAGGCCAUUUGCAGAACAAUUGUGGACAAGCUCGCCAAAAAGCCCGGGCUAUCUUAUGCCGAGAUAGCAAAGACAGCACACGAUGCGGGCCAAACACGCUUAGCCACCAAGUUGUUGGAUUACGAGCCUCGAGCAGCUGAUCAAGUGCCUUUGUUGAUUUCCAUGCAAGAAGAUGAGACAGCCUUGAUCAAAGCGAUUGAAAGUGGAGACACAGACCUGGUUUACUUGGUCAUCUUCCACCUGAAACGCAAGCUUCCUUUGGGCGAAUUUUUCCGCAUGAUCAACAACAAACCAAUGGCCUGCAAUUUACUGGAAGUGUAUUGCAAGGAACAAGACACUGAAUUAUUGAAAGAUUUCUACUAUCAGGAUGACAGAAGAAUUGAUAGCGCCAAUGUGGUUUUAUCAGAGGGGUUUGCUGAAUUGGACAUUGCAGAACGCAUCAAGAAACUCAAAAUCGCUGGAAAGAUUUACAGCGAACACCGCGAACAAGCGUUUGAAGCCAAGGCUGUAGACGAAGCCGUGAAACUACUGCAAUUCCAACUUACACUCGAAAAAGAUACCCAACAGUCAUUCACAGGUCUUUCCAUCAGUGAGACCAUUUACAAAUGUACAACACUUGGCCAACACAACAAGGCGUCCAAGAUCAAGACAGAUUUCAAGGUGCCAGACAAGAGAUUUUGGUGGGUCAAACUGCGUGCCUUGGUGGAAGUUAGAGAUUGGGAAAAUCUAGAGAAGCUCUCCAAGAGUAAAAAAUCGCCCAUCGGGUAUGAGCCCUUUGUUGAAGAGUGUAUCAAGGCUCGACAAUAUCAAGAAGCAUCUAAAUACAUUCUUAAAUGUGACCCUCCUGUGAGACCCAUGUUGUUUGUCAAGAUUGGAGCCUUUAAAGAAGCAGGUGAACAGGCCUAUUUGAACAAGGAUGUCGAAGGACUCAGGGAAGUAAGAGCCAAAUGUACAAACCACAUUGUAGCGCAGGAAUUGGAUUCGCUCCUUGCUCAGCUUAAUGCCAAAUAA